ACGUGUACGGUAAACAGGCGCUGUAGCCGUGGCAGCGGCGGGAGCGGGCGGCUCCGGGCGGCGGAGUCAGCUGCGGACCGGAGAGCGGAGCCGCCGUCUCCCGCGCCCGCCCCGCAUCUCGGCGGGCCCCGGCGUCAGCCAUGGCUAAAGACAUCCUGGGCGAUGCAGGCCUGCACUUUGAUGAGCUGAACAAGCUUCGAGUCUUGGACCCUGAGGUGACUCAGCAGACCAUAGAACUCAAGGAAGAAUGCAAGGACUUUGUGGACAAAAUUGGCCAAUUUCAGAAAAUAGUAGGCGGCUUAAUUGAGCUUGUUGACCAACUCGCAAAGGAAGCUGAAAAUGAGAAGAUGAAGGCAAUUGGAGCCCGAAAUUUGCUCAAAUCCAUAGCAAAGCAAAGGGAAGCCCAGCAGCAGCAGCUCCAGGCUCUAAUAGCAGAGAAGAAAAUGCAGCUAGAAAGGUAUCGGGUUGAAUAUGAAGCUUUGUGUAAAGUAGAAGCAGAACAAAAUGAAUUUAUUGACCAAUUUAUUUUUCAGAAAUAAACUGAUUUUUACAGUAAAAAUCCUAUUAAAAAACACCAAAAAAAAAAAUCCCUCCCACCCACCCCUAUCAUUCCAAUAAACUUGAUGACCACAUGUGCAGUUUGGGAUUGUAACAAGUACAUGUCUUCUUGAAAGGCAAUAACAAAUCUUUUUUUAGAAUUGUGCCCAAUUGUAGCCAGGUGUCAGUAACCAGGACCUGCCUGGCCACAAACCAGGACAGCAGGGCCGACCAUCUCUUGCUGUGGACUCUCCCCUCUAGCUACAUCUGUAAACAGCAGUCCUUUUUGGAAGCACCUACCACUUUGAAAGGAAUAAGGCAAUAAAUUAUUGUUUCUAGA